CCCUUUUGCUCGGCCCCAUGAUGUCGAAGCUGUCGAAGCUUUCGUCGCUUACAACACCCAGCCCCUUCAUCCCCGCCCCUUGCAAGACCACCGGACCGCAGCAGAGCCGCAGCAGUGACCGCAAACCCGCGAAGGACGGGAAAGUUCCCUCUGAGACGCAUCGGCGCCGCGCUGAGGACUCGGCAGUGGGGGUGAAGGAGGCGGCUCUGCCUCAGGCCGACAGCACUCGGGUGCCCACUGUGGACACGGGCAACAGCACUCCCGUCGAGCCGCCGACCGUGCCCCCGCUGCUCGAGGUUCCUAUCGACUAUGGCGCCAUGCAUGCGGCUGCACUCCAGCGUUCAUUCGUGUCGCCGCCCCCAUCGCAUUGUCCUCCCGUGCCACUGCUGCCGCUACCCGUCAUCGGUGACCCCCGGCUGAUGUCCUCAUAUCCGCCUUUCUCAGCCCCUCGCACACGCCUGCAUUCCGAGACCGUCAAAAAGCUCAUAUCGUUCGAGGACAUUCCCACAGGGCACCUCAUCCCUGUGUAUAUGUUUUUCGGCGCACCUGUGGCUCUGUCCGAGGCCAAGUGGGUGGCUGAUUUGGCGGCCAUGGGGCUCAAGGCGAGGAUGAGGAGACGGGAGAGGCCGUGACGGGCGGAUACUGGGUGGAGACCAUGCAGUGACACGACACGAUAGCGACACGAGGACACAAACACAAAGGAGAGUGUGUGCGGGAAUGGU